AUGCAUCUAUCCCUGGCUUUAGGUUUCUCUUCUUUUUUUUAUCCUUUUUAUAUAAGUCUCUAUUUUCUCUCGUUUUUUGUUUCUUUUUUUUUUUUGUCUUUCUUUAUUUCUUUAACUAGUGACACACAACCUGCAGGCCGCUUCAUUGCUACUAAUUGCUCGACACCUAAAUACGUCACUGGCGAAGAGGAUUUUAUUUUUUUUUCUUACCUGUUUCUUGAAUUUCUCUUGUUCUUCAGUUUCUGUUUUUGUCAAAGAGCAUUUCUAUCUUUUUUCUUUACCUACGCUUGUUCGUUGAUCAAAGAUCAACAAAAUUGGACUGGGUACAUAUGUCAGCAAUCCAGGAAACGUUCGUGUUUAUACACACAUGCAUGUAUACAAACACGUCGUUUAUAUUAUUCUCCCUCUCUGUCUCAUAUUCACUCUCUCUCUCUCUCUCUCUCUCUCUCUCUCUCUCUCUCUCUAGUGUUGACUUUCUCGCUUUCGGAUCCUCACGUUCUCUCCAUCCCCUCUCUCUCUCUUCCUCACUAUCAAGUUAUCUCUCUCGCCCACCUUAUUUUCCCUUUUUUUUCUCUGUUUCUGUCUAUAUUUCCCUAUAACAUUUAUCUAUCAAGCAUUGAUUAUUCAAGACAGCCCGACCAGAUGAACAACCAUUUUGUUGUUGUUGUUAUAGUCUUGCUCAUGCGCACAAGCUUUCCUUCCCAAUACGAGGUUGCUAACGUCAGUGUGGUCAACCUGAUCGAUCGAUCCAAUCGCUGCCGUGUCUCCCAUUCCUGUCAUAGAUUGAUGUCCAGCAAGUGCUGCCUGCGUGCAAGUGUGAUGCAUUGUCCGUCACCUUGGGACUGGCCGAUUCAAGUGGACGGCACAGCACCAAUUCUUUCGAAUGAUAAAUGGCAAUUGGCAAGCUUUUGCGCGGCGCUCUUAAAUACUCGCAGCCCCACCCAGUGA